GAUUGCACAAAGCUGGAAAGCAGCCUCCUUCCCAUUUAGUCCAGGGAGCAAAAAUUCUAAAUGGUGCUUUCAGGUCUUGGACUAAAAAGCAGGCUUUAGUGGACCAUGAAGAUGAACUCCCAGAACAUUUUAAGCCAGCACAACUGAUUAAGGACCUUGCCAAAGAAAUAAGAUUAAGCGAAAAUGCUUUGAAAGUCAGCAAACCUGAAGUGAGUGUUAAUGUGAAUGUUGAGGAAAUCACUCCUGUGGAGAAAGAAGAAAUACCGUCACCUCCACCACAAACGCCUCCGCCACCACCUCCUCCGCCACCAUCGCCGCCUCCACCACCACCUUCUCCACCACCAACACCGGCUGAAAAAGUCCCUAAGAAAAAGACUCCCAAAGCAAUAAAAGCACCGAAACCCACCAAACUAUCUAAACCUCCCAAGCCACCUAAACCUCCCAAGCCCCCCAAGCCCCCCAAGCCCCCCAAAACCCCAAAAGUAAAGGGGGAAGGGAAGAAAAAAGGCAAAAAGGUUAAAGAACCGCCUCCACCUGCCAUUCCAAAUUUAGACCUUCUUGAGGCCCACACAAAAGAGGCCCUAACAAAGAUUGAAACACCAAAGAAAGGAAAGGCUGCCAAGAAUGCUUUGAACACCCCUACUAAAGAAUCCGUUGAUAAGCAAAAUGAAGUGGAAAAGUUUGAGAUUCGGGAGCAGAAUAAAUCUAAAACGGAAGCAAAAUGGAAAUAUAAGAACAGUAAACCUGAUUCAUUACUGAAAAUGGAAGAGGAGCACAAACUGGAGAAGACACCAUUAUCAGGAAAUAAAGACAACAAAUUUAUGUUUUCUUUCUCCAACAAGAAAAUACUGGGAUCAAAGGGAAUGAAAACUCAGUUGAAUCCUGGUAUAUUUGGGUCACAACAAAAUUUCAAAGAAGAUAAAGCAAAACCUGUGAAAGAUGAAUAUGAAUAUGUCUCAGAUGAUGGAGAAUUGAAAAUAGACGAAUUUCCAAUUAGAAGGAAGAAAAACACCACAAAAAGAGAUUUAUCAUUUUUAUCAGAUAAAAAGGAAACCACACAGCACACUCCAGUGAAGAAGCCAAAAGUGGAAUCAGUAUUAUACAAGAGUGAUGACUCCUCUGAUGAAGAUUCUCUUCACAUUGACACAGAGGCCAAGCCAGGGCGCAAUUCUAAAGCGAAGAAAGAGGCUGCAAGUUCAGCUGGCAUUCUAGAUCUUUUGCAGGCAAGCAAGGAAGUUGGGGGUUUAGAGUACAACAGCAACAGUCAACCACCUGCAUCUCCCAGCACACAGGAAGCUAUCCAAGGAAUGUUAUCAAUGGCAAAUCUCCAGUCUUCAGACUCUUGCCUACAGCCUUCAUGGGGCACCAAUCAAGCUAAGAAUAAUGCCAUCUCUGCCACCAACUCCAAAAAAUCUGGAAGCAGCAAUAGCAAAAAUGCAGGCAAACGAUUGUUGAAAAAGACUGCAAAAAACAACAUUGAUAUUGAAGAUUAUGAUGAAGACCAGGAUCACUUAGAUGCUUGUUUUAAAGAUUCUGAUUAUGUUUAUCCCUCCCUUGAAUCAGAUGAAGAUAAUCCAGUGUUCAAAUCUCGAUCAAAAAAGAGGAAAAGUUCUGAUGACGCACCAUACAGCCCCACAGCAAGAGUUGGUCCAUCAGUACCACGGCAGGACAGACCAGUCCGAGAAGGUACAAGAGUUGCUUCUAUUGAGACUGGACUGGCAGCAGCUGCUGCCAAAUUAUCUCAGCAGGAGGAGCAAAAGGGCAAGAAGAAAAAGAAUACCAAAAAGAAACUAUCUCCCAACAAUGCCAAUAAAAUCCCUCAGGAAGGCAGCUCUCCUGAACCUCGGCUGGAGUGCCAUAGCAGUAGUUUAGCAGACCAUGAGUACACAGCUGGUGCCAGCACACUUGGGGUGGCCCAAAUGAACAGAGGCCCUCAGCCCAUGGCCCCGGGAGUUUUCCUUACACAGCGGAGAGCCUCAUCAUCAUCACAGAAUAAUGCAGCUGCCAAAGGGAAACGUACAAAAAAAGGCAUGGCUACAGCUAAACAAAGGCUUGGGAAGAUUUUGAAAAUUCAUCGGAAUGGGAAACUUCUCCUUUAAAAUCCGGUCAUAAUUGGGACUAUCAAAGCUCAGCAUGUCCUGAGCUGUCACGCUAGCUCUUCAACUCUUGAAGGACUCCAGUAGUAUUGUGCAACAUCUUAGGGACAAUACCAGUUAACUUUUUGCCACCACUUUAAUAAAUUCUUUUUAACUUUCGGCAGUUAAAACCUGUACAGAUACUGCUAUAAAUAUUUUUUAAUAUAGAUGUCCUUUCUCAAAUUGCUGAGAGUGACUAGUUCGCAAAAAGUUAAUACUCCAAGACACUGAGGAUCAUUCCAGUUUUAGGAAAGUAUCCCUUUAACUUGUUUAUAAGUAAGGAAAAAGCUGUUGUUUUUAAGAGUAUGCACAUUCAUUUCAAUUAUGCUUCUUUUAUCAAAGUUGAAUCAAUUUUAAGAGGUAUCUGGUUAAAAGGCAGAGUUUUUUUAAAAAAAGUUUCUCAAAUUGACUUGUAGACAAGGGAAAGAAAUUUAUGCCAUGAAUAAUUGAGAUACAAUACAUGCAUGAAACAAUAUGCAUAAAGAAUUAAUCUAGCUUUCUUUAUCUGGCUCAUGAUAAAUAUGUUUUAUUCAGAAGAGAGGUUAAAAUUGCACUUCAGUACUGCUAAAACUUUCCCUAUAACCAGACAUUGGAGAACUAUUGUUGACUUAAUUUAUUUUAUGUGCAAUGCAAGAUGAUUUUUUAAAAACAUUAUGGAUUACAAAUCCAACUUAAUUGGGUAAUGAUUUGGAUAUAGUAAUUAAUGAACUGGUGCAGUUCUUUGGACAUCAAAAGGGUUUUUUAAUUAGCUUUGGUUGGUGUUGGUUUGCAUCUCUUUUCAUUGAUAAUUUUUUAGCACUCCCACUGUUUCUUAUAUAUAUUGUUUUAACUUUGGUCCCAUGGUAUAUUGUCCACGCUCAAUGUCUUUCUUCUCAUAAUUGAAUAUCAAUGAGUGAUAGGAAUUAAAGAUCAGCAAACAGAUACAACCCUUCUCUCCCUGCUAAACUCUCACAAUUAUGUGUAAUUGAGUAAAACAUUACAAAUCAAUUGGUACCUCAAAGUUAAAGUCUGAGAACACUGACUCUUACUGUACUUAUAUAACAUGGUUUACAGCCUACAGAGGCUAAAGCAAAAUCAAAUCAAUUGUACUAUAUCUUAGUAUGUUGCGUGGGCCAUCAUUUUAAACUGUCAUUGUUUGCUUUGGCUUCUCAUGUUGUGUGAAUAGAGCCACCGUGUUUUUGUAAACCAUAGUUAAUGAAUUAAUGUGUUUACAUCCAGUCUGAAUUUGAUGAUUUAUUUAUCUUUCUCUCACCUGUUCUAGCUAAAAAUUUGUUUACAUGACCAUGGAAACUGGAAGUAUUUCUUCCCCCAUAUACAUAAAAAAUGUGUAUUUUUUAUUCAGCAUUGCUGUUUUGAAAUUAUAUCACCAUUAAUUUAAUUUCAUGGUAGGGUGGAAUCCACCAUUUAACUUGAUGAUAGCAUUGUAGCUUCUGCUUGGGUGCUCAUAAUGCACUGAUAACGUGACAUUGGAGAAUAUGUAGGAAAAGAGACGCCAGGUUGAUCCCAAGAUACUGCUGCCAAAACCUUUGUUCUGCAAAGUGACAAAGUGUCAGUUUUCUUGAUGCAACCUGAGUGGGUAUCAGCAGGGGUGAAAUCCAGCAGGUUCUGACAGGUUCUGGAGAACCGGUAGCGAAAAGUAUGAGCAGUUCGGAGAACUGGCAAAUACCACCUCUGGCUGGCCCCAGAGUGGGAUGGGAAUGGAGAUUUUGCAAUAUCCUUCCCCCAGGAAUGGGGAGGGAUUGGGGAUUUUGCAGUAUCCUUCUCCUGCCACGCCCACCAAGCCAUGCCCACAGAACUGGUAGUAAAAAAAAUUGGAUUUCACCACUGGGUAGCAGGCAUAUCACCAUCAUAAUCAUUAGACAGGGCUGUAAAGCACUGUGAAGCGGUAUAUAACUCUAAGUGCUGUUAGUAUCUUAUAAAAUGGCAUCCUUAGUCAAAUAUCUCUGUCCUUAUUUCUUUGAAGGGGCUUUUAAUCUCCCUCUAGCAAUUCACACUUAAGUUCAUGACUGAUGAUUUACCUCAUAAAUCACUUACGUUAUCUUGAGAUGAAACGGAUGAAGACAAUGGUCCCUUUUUCACCUCCAUUUCCCUGGAUCAUGGAUUAAUUCCUGGAUCAUGUAAACAAAUCAAGCAAAGAAGUUGUUGUCCUGGGACCCCAAGCACUUAUUUUCUGAUCUAUAACCAAACCCUUUUCCUUGAGCUGCAUAUCAGGAGAAAAAGUGCCCCAAACAAGAUUAUUUUUCCCCCAGAAAGGAAUACACACAAACUUUUUAAAGCUUAUGAAUCCAUUUAGUAAUAUAAUAGAUCAGCUGUUUAUAUAUAAACCACAGUUGCAAAUCCUGUAAUGAAGUAGCAAGAAUGUGCAGCCCUAUCAGAGGUAUUCUGACAUUCACAUCCAUCCAAGCACUUCCUUCAGAUAUGCUUGUCUGAAGGAACAAGGGCUGUGCUCACCUAAGGGUCAGGCCAGAUGAGAGCCAAGCUUAUGGACAGUUUAACUGGAUACUUAUUGCUUCUGAACUCUCUUAGUUUUUGGUGUAGAAUGCAUUAUAUUUUACAUUAAACUAGCUUGUCUGCAUAUAAACACUUAGAGCACAAUCCUAUGCAUGUUUACUCAGUUAUCAAACCUGUCAUGUUCCAUGGAACUUACUCUCAUGUGUAGAGUACUAUGUACAGGAUUGUAGCCUUAAGGCGUUGCAUUUGUUUCUCAGGCAAUUCCAGAUUUUCAUUUAUAGAUAUGUGUCUGAAAGCAUAUUUUUUCAUAGAAUCUAGCCUGUAAAUAGCUUUUUAAAGUACCUUCUUUUUUAUAAGAUCGAAGUAUCUUUAGACAUUUCUUUCUAUAGAAUAGUUCAUUAACCUUUAUACAAAUUUUUUGCUGAGUAUUUUGCCGAGUAUUUUAGGUUCUUGACUCUGAAAGAGAUACUCUGUUUUUGUCCUCGAUUUAAUUCCUUUUUCUCCCUUUUUUAAUUUUGGCAUUGCCUGAAAAACAAGUAAAACUUUGUGCAGCCUUAUACAGAAUCAAAUAAUAGUACAAAAUUAUCUAUUUAAGAUACAAUAUGAAGAAGAAUCUUCGACUUUAUAAUACCAGCUCCUUGUCUCAAUUCUUGUAUUAUGAGGGGAUACAAUUAUUUUAUUAGCACCUUGUGAAGUGUUUCUGUGUUUUGUGAUGAUGUAAUUUAUUAAUGUUUGUAGCUUUUUAUAUUUGUACAUUUCUUAUGAGCUUUGUUUAUAUACACAUUACCUGGAUGUGAUGUCCAUGAGGAAAAAAUAAAACAGCUAUAGAAAACAACUGAGGCCUUAUUAACUGACCUUUCUAGUUAUGGUGAGGGACUGGGUCUGAAUUCUUGGCGUCAAAAAUGUUAGUUGAAUAGGGCCCCAGAGUUAAGCAAGUUUUUUAAAGCUUCCCUAGUAUACUGUUAUUGUCAAGCAUUUAUAUAAUAUAACACAGACAUCAUGCUGGUUUUAUUAUUAUUAUUAUUAUGUUUAUGUUUAUGUUUAUGAUUAUUAUUUUCACAACAUGUACAUUUCUAACAAAGUUUAUUGUGGCUAUCUAUUACAGUGUUUUAUUUACCAAUUCAUAUCAAAUGCUCUUGUAUCAAGUCCAUGAAAUCUAAGUAAACUUAGAUCAAAAUUUUAAAAGUAAAAUAUUUCAGGUUUUGUAUAGAA